GCCAUCAGUAAGCAUUUAUAUCCUCACAUAUUGAGUCCCCUUGUCCUUGACUAACAACGAGUAGUGUCGAACCACAUGAGCAUCAAGAUGCUUCCAAGCCACGCCAUCGAGCAAGCUGGUGUCAUCCACUUGUUUGGCCUUAAUUUCUCGGCCAAAACAACAGAUCUCGAGAAACUCAUCGUAGAUCUUGGCUAUCCCAACUGUCUUUACUAUUGGCCCGAUUUGGAACGGGGUUCUUCACAUAACCACAAAGGCUGGUGCCGUGUCGUGUUUGUUACCAAAGAAACCGCGGAGAAGGCCAAGAUUGAUCUGAGCACCUCCUCUCUCCUGGGGAGGCCCAUCAACAUUGGUACAAUAACCAAACAUGCCGUGAGUUUCUUCCACCCCAGUGUCUUUGUUAUCAUACCAACACGAUCAAGUCUGCCCCCCGAGCAUCAUCGGUGCAGCCUGCGUCGCUCUCUUCAUAUUCUUUGGUGGAAGCCGUCGACCAUUCUUCGCUGGCAGCCGAGAUUCCCAAAGCCCUGCGCCUUUAUAAACACCCAAAUGAGUGGCAUUACAAUCCCAAGGACCCCGACCUCGACGUUACUUCAUACAUGUCCAGGGUGAAGCUUUUGGAGAGCGCGAACAAGCAGGUCAAUGUCAUCCACUGGCCCAAGUCCAUGAAGAACGAGGAAGGCAAAGACCUCCUACGCUCGUUUCAGUUUCCUAGCCCUGCCGCGCAUAACGACGUCCAUGCGAUCGGUAAGUCGUUUGUGUAUGUGAAAAAGGGUCAGGGCAAGGAGAUCCAGUUUGAGAUGAUCGAUCUGGUACGCCUCGCCGAGUACGAAACCAACGACUAGAGUGAGUGGUUUCAUCCAGGCAAUCCCGUCGACAAGGGCACCGAUAAAGAAAAAAGAAUGAUUUUGAAAAUCG